CUGCGGAUGAAACGCUUGACGCGUCACUGUAUUUGACAGAAAAAUUCAGUAUGAAUAAAAUGAACACACUUGUUCAGAAGGAUUCGUUCUUCGAUCAUAAAUUCGAAAAUUAAUUGUAAACGUACGAUAUUUAAAUUGACAGUUGUAACGUUUCAAAAUUAUUUCUAAAAAUCACGACGCUUCACCGGCAACGUCCCCGAUCGAUAGCAGCGUAAUUGAAAAAUAAAAAAAACAAUUACACGCGCGUGUACACUGAUAUGUAUAUGCGUACGUAGCGACGGUGAUCACUAGAUAAUUAUCAGAAACGACAUACCAAGACGACAAGUCGGGAAAUGAAUCCUUCAUUGUCGAAAGUCCAAAGCGAGUCAGCUGAUUUAUGAGGUUCACAAUUUCCUUAUCCGAUGAGAAUUUUUCCUGAGAAUCCACUGAGAAAUGAAUCAGCUCGGUAACAUGUAACCCACUGGUUAUGGUUAACUGGUGUGUUAGGUUAGGAUUGGAAUUAAUUCCCAGACGUUGACCUAAUGCAAAAGAGAUUUGUGAUAAUGAGAACUAGAAGGACCAUUGCCAUCCUCGGGGUAGGUUUGAUCCUUGCCUGCUGCAUAAUGAUCUACCUAAUGAUGGACCUAACUCUUUUUCCACCCGGGCAAAAUUCUAAGCUCUCUAUGAGCGACAACCAAUGGCUCCAUUUUGAGAAUAGACUUGCCAAAUUGGAAAAGGACUUUGACAAGCAUCAUAAAGUUAUGAACGCCCUGCAGGAGCAAGCAGCAAACAUCAAACAUAAGUUUGUGCCAGUAAAGUCAGUCGACCAUUUCAAUCAUUCUGGCACUAUGAUUAUACAUCCAGGGAAAAGUCUCACGUGUAAUUUUAAUAUCCAAAAAGUCCCGGAGGUUGACAUACAGAUGCUAGAAUUAUAUAAGCAAUUAGAAUUUGAUAAUCCAGAUGGUGGAGUUUGGAAGCAAGGGUGGAAUAUCGUGUACAAUGAGAAACAAUGGCAUCCCAACAGAAAGUUAAAGGUCUUUAUCGUGCCUCAUUCACAUAACGAUCCCGGAUGGCUGAAUACCUUUGAGAAAUACUACACGUUUCAAACAAGAAGCAUAUUAAACAAUAUGGUGACCAAGCUGGGCGAAGACAGCAGACGAAAAUUUAUCUGGGCAGAAAUAUCGUUCUUCAAGCUGUGGUGGGACGAUCAGUCCAAAAUGGUAAAGGACGAGGUGCGUCGCCUGAUACACGACGGACAAUUGGAAAUCGUGUCUGGAGGAUGGGUGAUGCCGGACGAGUCCGUGUCUCACUGGGUCGCUCAACUCACUCAGCUGACCGAAGGUCAUCAGUGGUUGAAGUACAAUCUGGACUAUACGCCAAAUUCAGGAUGGGCGAUUGACCCGUUUGGUCUCUCUCCCACUAUGCCGUAUCUGCUGAAGAAUUCAGGAUUGGAAAAUCUACUGAUACAGAGGGUUCACUAUUCCGUCAAGAAGAGGCUAGCCAGAGACAAGAAGUUAGAGUUUCGCUGGAGACAAUUGUGGGACAACGAUGGCUCCACGGAGCUGUUCACUCACGUUAUGCCAUUUUAUAGCUACGACGUUCCGCAUACGUGUGGACCGGAUCCAAAGGUGUGUUGUCAAUUUGACUUCUACAGAAUGCAGAAUUUUGGUCUCAGCUGCCCCUGGAAGGUCCCGCCGAAAGUUAUAACCAAGGCGAACGUGGCGGAGAGAGCGAUGCUUUUACUCGAUCAGUAUCGCAAGAAGGCACAACUCUUCAAGACUGACGUAGUGCUCGCACCGUUGGGCGAUGACUUCAGAUAUACGCACCUCACCGAAUGGGAAGCCCAGUACGAUAAUUAUCAAAAACUUUUCAAUUACAUGAAUGAUAAUCAACAAUUAAACGUCCAGAUACAAUUUGGAACUUUGAGCGACUACUUCGAAGCGGUCAGAGAGAAACGCACUUUGAACGAAUUCCCAACUCUGUCUGGUGAUUUCUUUACAUAUUCCGACAGGGAUGAUCAUUAUUGGAGUGGCUACUACACUUCUAGGCCUUUUCACAAACGACUGGAUCGUGUACUGCUGGGUUCCUUGAGAGCAUCAGAAGUAUUAGCCGCUGUAGCUUGGGCUAGAGGUAACGACCAGUUGGUGGAAGGAAAUCUCGCGUCUCGUCUGAGCAAGGCCAGGAUGUGGCACGCUCUGUUUCAACAUCACGACGGAGUUACCGGGACUGCCAGAGAUAACGUUGUGAUAGAUUAUGCUCAGAAGAUGAUAAUGGCACUGAAUAACUCGGCCCAUGUCCUUCAACAAUCUAUAGCACAUUUAUUGAAGACGCCGCAAAUAGCGCCUAUAGAUGUAGAAGCUGUGUAUUUUUCGUUAGAUGAAACUAGGUCGCAUCACACGAGCGCGGGCGAAAAGCGUGUUCUCAGUCUUGGGGAUGAUAGCCCUUCGAGGAAAAUUAUUCUCUACAAUUCUCUUCCAAGGCAGAGAACGAAAGUGCAAACUCUGAUCGUGUCAACGCCGUUCGUCAGAGUUACAGACCGAAAAGGACAGGCUGUCAAGUGUCAAAUCUCUCCCGUUUGGAUCGGUCCAGCCGCACUGUCCGCAGCUAGAUACGAAUUAUCGUUUUUAGUCGCUGUACCAGGAUUCGGUAUCACUACCUAUAUCGUUCACGCACUGCAUAAAGCAUCGUACACAAAAGGUGUCUAUCCGGCCAAUGUUACCAUCUUUAACACCGACAUAAGCAUUCCAUCAGUACCUGGUUUUAGUCAUCUGACGAUUUUACCGUACACGCAAGAAUUCUCGAUUGCUCAAAGGUCAGAUCUCUCUGCCUCGUUUGGGAAGUCUGGUCUGUUGAAAGCUCUACGAGUGGGCAACACUACGUUUCCCGUGCAUUUGGACUUUGUCAAAUACGGUACCAGAGGCUCCGGGAAAGACAAAAGUGGCGCUUAUUUGUUCCUGCCCGAUAAAUCAGAACCAGAUCUGGUAUUUAUGGAUACGAGGAGCAUUGUUCAUUUAGUGACAGGACCAAUUGUAUCGAAAGUGUUGAUAGAGUUGCCGCAUGUACGGCAUACUUGUACAUUGUUCAAUUCUCCUGGUAGCGAUGGGCUUGGAUUGCAUAUACUCAACGAGGUUGACAUAACAGAUACGCAGAACUACGAGCUCGCGAUGCGUUUGAACACGGACAUCGCAUCUGGCGACCAAUUCUUCACGGACUUGAACGGACUAAACAUGAUCCGACGACAAAGGUUUCCCAAACUUCCCACGCAGGGCAAUUAUUAUCCAAUGGGAGCAAAUGCGUACAUAGAAGAUAAAAAGGCCCGAUUAACAGUCACUACAGCACAGCCAUUAGGAGUCGCCUCCAUGGCGUCCGGACAACUUGAGAUUAUGCAAGAUAGAAGAUUACUUCAAGACGACAAUCGAGGAUUAGGACAGGGUGUAAUGGACAAUUUGUUGACAAACCAUCUGUUCAUGUUGGUUCUGGAGAAAAAGGAAGUGAAUUGUUCUUCCGCAGUACCGCCAGUUAAUCACCCCGCGGGACUGUUAUCUCUAGGCGGCCAUCUAGCCUCGGAAGAACUGUUGCAUCCAGUGACAGCGCUGCAUCCCCAUAACUCGCUGCCGUUCAAUUUGCACGCGCAUUUCUCGCCACUACGAUACGAUCUUCCAGUGGACUUAAGUAUCGUUAGUCUCCGAGUGUUUCCCAUUCCUGAGGGUGCAGGCAAAGGUAUUGGUAUGGUGUUGCACCAACCAGCUGUAGAUAUCUGCUUUAAUAAUCAUCUCCAACGACGCUUCAACGUUUCGGAGUCGGGAGAGAUUGAUUUGACAAAAUUCCUCAAUGACAUGGAAGACUGGACCAUAAGUAAAGCACCUCUUACAUUCCACAAUGUUGGACCAUCUCUAAAAUCGCCCAUUGUGAACUUGUGUCCGCAUCAAGUACUACCAAUAUUGUUUCACAAAACGCAGUCUUAAUUAGAGAGAAAAUAUUUUGCGUACAAUGUACAUUGCUUCUUAUUCUUGUAAAUUUUGUUUACUCAAGAUUAUGUAGUCUACGUUCGCCAAGGCUGAUGGACUCGUACUGUCUAAUUUAAACCUGAAACAGUAUCAGAAUAUUAACAGCACUGUCAUUAGUUUAAGUUAAAGGUCUCGACAUUAAUAUUGGGUUAUAGCAAAAGUUUGUAGCGUUGUUUAUAUGGAAGAACGAAAUCGUGAGACUACCGCAAGAAUGGUAGUGGAACGAAACGGCGCAUAUAUAGUUGAAUAAAUAGUUAUAAACGCAUGUAAUAACUUUCUGGAAAUUUCACUAAAAGAAACGCCAUGAACGUUUGUUAUAAUCCAAUAUUUAGUCAAAAUUAUUAUUUUGGUUGAAAGUUGCACUUGACAUUAAUAUGUAGAUUAUAAUAUUAAGGAAUAUUAUAAUAUAAAGAAUAGAAAAGCUACCUUGAAAUUUAUACUACA